AAAAACAGGAACUACCACCGCAGAUCUCUGAGCUUCUUCAUCUCCCACGCUGCACUUUUUAAAAAAAGGUUCGAGCUCUCGGCCAUUCCCCCCCCCUGCAACUCCUUCUCUGCAAACUGUUCUUCUCCUCUUCCUCUUCCUCUUCCUCCUCCUCUUCCUCCUCCUUGGAUCGGGUGCGACCGGGUCGGUGUGUGUCAGCAGGAACCGAAGGUGACCAUGGCCUUCCUCGGGAGCGCAGCUCGGCGCUUGGUGUUGGCAGCGCGCCCCCCUCUCUCUCCUCUGUGCCGGGCGAGUACUCGGGCCUACAGCUCAACGCCCACCCAGGAAAAAAGUGUCCCCUACGAGAAGACGCUCCAACAGAAGGAGGGAGCGUCCUCUGGUCCCACUAAACCUCUGCCCAGAUCAGCGGACGCCGUGGUGAUCGGCGGCGGAAGCCUGGGCUGUCAGACCAUCUACCACCUGGCUAAAAUGGGAAUGACCAACGUGGUCCUGCUGGAGAGAGACAGACUGACCGCGGGCACCACCUGGCACACUGCAGGCCUGCUGUGGCAGCUCCGGCCCAGUGACGUUGAGGUUGAGCUUCUGGCCCACACCAGGAACGUGAUCAGCAAAGACCUGGAAGAGGAGACGGGCCUCCACACAGGAUGGAUCCAGAAUGGAGGACUCUUCAUCGCCUCCAACAAGCAGAGACUGGACGAGUACAAGCGCCUCAUGUCGCUGGGUAAAGUUUACGGUAUUGAGUCCUACGUGCUGUCGCCUGCUGAGACCAAGGACCUGUAUCCUCUGAUGAACGUGGACGAUCUGUACGGAACCCUGUAUGUUCCAAAGGACGGCACCAUGGACCCGGCUGGCACCUGCACCACGCUGAGCAGAGCUGCCACAGCCAGGGGAGCCAAGGUAAUUGAGAACUGCCCUGUGACCGGCAUCACCACGCACACAGAUGACCUCGGGGUGAAGAGGGUGAAGGCGGUGGAGACCCCCCACGGGACAAUUGAAACAUCUUGUGUGGUGAACUGUGCAGGUGUGUGGGCCACCAAGCUCGGGGAAAUGGCCGGAGUCAGGGUGCCUCUCGUGGCGAUGCAUCAUGCCUAUGUGGUGACAGAGAGAAUUGAAGGCAUACAGAACAUGCCAAAUGUCAGGGACCAUGAUGCUUCAGUGUACCUGCGGCUCCAAGGUGACGCCCUGUCUGUGGGCGGCUACGAACAAAACCCCAUCUUCUGGGACGAGGUGUCUGAUAAGUUUGCCUUCAGUUUGUUCGACCUGGACUGGGAUGUGUUCACGCAACAUAUUGAGGGUGCGAUUAACAGAGUCCCCAGUUUGGAGCAGACUGGCAUCAAGUCCACUGUCUGUGGUCCAGAAUCGUUCACGGCCGACCAUAAGCCUCUGAUGGGAGAAGCACCAGAGGUCAGAGGUUUCUUCCUGGGAUGCGGCUUCAACAGCGCGGGCAUGAUGCUGGGAGGAGGCUGUGGUCGAGAGCUGGCUCACUGGAUCAUACACGGCCGCCCUGAGAAGGACAUGUAUGGAUACGACAUCAGGCGUUUCCACAACUCGCUUACGGACAACGCGCGCUGGAUCAGAGAGAGGAGCCACGAGUCGUAUGCUAAAAACUACUCGGUGGUGUUCCCCUUCGACGAGCCGCUGGCCAGUCGAAACAUGAGGAAAGACCCGUUCCAUCAGGUGCUGAUGGAGCAGGGCUGUGUGUUCCAGGAGAGACACGGCUGGGAGAGACCUGGCUGGUUCAACAAAGACGGGCCUGCGCCUGUUGAAGACUAUGAUUACUAUGGAGCUUAUGACAUUCAGAAGAAUGUGAACGACAAGUACAGCGAUCUGUUGGGGAAGGAGUACACCUUCGACUUCCCCCCCCAUCACAACGUGAUUAAGAGCGAGUGCCUCUCAUGUAGACACGGUGUGGCUGUGUUUGACAUGUCCUACUUUGGAAAGUUUUAUCUCACCGGACCAGAUGCCAAGAAGGCGGCUGAUUGGCUGUUCACUGCUGAUGUCAACAAGAAACCAGGCUCCACUGUGUAUACCUGCAUGCUGAACAAAAGAGGAGGGGCGGAGGCUGACCUGACGGUGAGCAGACUGGAGCCCGGCGCCGCCAUGCUGCCCCUGGCACCAGAAUCCAACGGUGAUGCAUACUACCUGGCCAUCGGAGGAGGCGUCGCAGAGCACAACUGGAACCACAUCAGAACCGUUCUUCAGGACCAAGGUUUCCGCUGCCAGCUGACAGACCACUCUGAGGAGAUGGGCAUGCUCAGCAUCCAGGGACCGAAGAGUCGAGAGGUUCUUCAGGAGGUGCUGGACGCAGACCUGAGCAAUGAAAGUUUCCCCUUCUCUACCCACAAGGUUGUUAACGCAGUAGGACAUCAGGUGCGAGCCAUGCGUCUGUCGUUUGUCGGGGAGCUCGGCUGGGAGCUGCACAUUCCCAAGGACGCUUGCCUUCCGGUCUACCAUGCUGUCAUGGCUGCUGGUGCGAAGCACGGCAUCAUCAACUCGGGCUACAGGGCCAUCGACUCGCUCAGCAUAGAGAAAGGCUACAGACAUUGGCACGCUGACCUCCGCCCGGACGACACCCCUUUGGAGGCGGGGCUAGGCUUCACCUGCAAGCUGAAGAGUUCGAUCCCGUUCCUGGGUCGCGAUAGGCUGGAGGAACAGAAGAAGGAGGGGCUUAGGAGGCGCAUCGUCUGCUUCACCAUUGACGAGAAAAUACCGAUGUUUGGUCUGGAGGCCGUUUUCCGUAAUGGAGUUCCUGUCGGUCACCUACGGCGUUCUGAUUAUGGCUUCUUCAUUGACAAAACUAUCGGUUAUGGAUAUAUCCGCAACCCUGAUGGAGGAGUGGUGAGUGCUGAUUUCAUAAAGAGCGGCGACUUCACCCUGGAGAGGAUGGGAGUGACGUACAAGGCCAAGGCCCACCUCAAAACUCCGUUCGACCCUGAGAACAAACGGAUCAAGGGCAUCUACGCUUGAGGACCACGGACGAAAAAAACAAACAAACUGAAAACAAACACAUUCUGGUUGGAGGACGAGGCGGAGGGAGGAGCAGCUGAUUCUUCUCUUCUCUUUCCUGGAUGGUCUGAAAUCUGUAUGGAGGUGUUGAAGAGGUUCUGAAUUGAGUCUGUUGUGUCUGAGUGUUUUGUCGUCUUAAAGGUGAUUUAAGGUCUCGGCUCCAGGUUGUUGAUGCCCACUCUGGAUUUGUGAGGUUGGUAAAUAUGUCUUGUUAUCUCCUGUAAUCAGGCAGCAAACACAGCGGGUAAUUCUGUUUCCCUCCCAUGAUUAUACUGUAGGUGCAAUAGUGGCAAGUUUUACAUUAACGAUAGCAUCUGCUCACUUUGUGACUCUAUCACAGCUAAUAGGGCUGAAAGUGACAGAUGUAUAUGCGGGUAUGGAAGCUCAUUACUGCCAACAUGAGAGAAAAAAGGAUCCUGUUAGCAAAUAUAAUGAGAAACCUUCACCAAAUAAUGGUUUAGUAUCUUCAAAUAAAGAGAAACUUUCUCAAAAUCUAAUCAUAGGGUACGAUCAUUCGUACAUGAAUGCAGGGGAAUAUCACGGGUUCACCAAAGUUCAACUCCAAGCGAAGCUACGCUGCUGAUUUGCCUCGCCACAGGAAGCAAAUGUCCUAUCCCCCCCAACUCACACAGAUUGGAUAUGAAGGUUUGCCACUGUUAUAUUUGUGCAUGUGUCCACGGUCUUGCUUACCUUGGACGAAAGCUGACUUUUUUAUCUUAAAUAAUGACAAGGUUACGUGAAAUAUUGACUGAGCAUCUUAAUUUGUCCAGAUUAAUUGUGUGUAACAGCACAUUUAACAUUGUUUUACCCAUAUUUUCAUUUAAACAAGUAGAUAUAUAACACUUCCCCUUGCUGUAGAUCAAGACUCCAGGCGACUAGUCAAGUACAUUUGUAGCUCCAUCUGUAGAGACUAUAGAUACUCAAUUAGGUUUAGCUUGGGGUGAAGAGCACAACAGUAUCAAAAAAAUUUCUGUUCUGUACAUUAAAGUUCCAGAACCACCAUUGUUAGCUAAGUCCCAUGACUUUGAGUCCAAAUUCUGAGAAAGUUUGUCUUUAUUUUGAGGAUGGUUCUAAUUUAUCGACACAAUAUAUGUUUGUCAGGCCGUUAAUUCAAAUUUCUUCCUUUUUUGUCCACAAUAUAUUUGAUCCUACUAUUGUGCUGUAACCUCUCGUGCAUUUUUCCUGUGAGACCAUAGAAAACUAUAUUAGGGAAUACAUCAAGUUUUCCCAAACUACUACACAGUUGCCCUGCAGGUGUCUGGAGUGAAUUACAAGGACUGAUGUUUGUGCGGAUUGAAAUGAAAGUUACUUGCUCGUGUGGUGUCUAGAUGUUCUCAUCAGAAGUGGAGGAGCAGGUAGAAGAGAAAGAGCCCGAGGCGCAGAGAGGAACAACCUGGGACUAAACACAGCUGAGGAAGAAUGAUGACAGGGAAAGACUUCAGUUAAUAAGAAGCAGCUGUUGAUGUUAGCGUGCUGGUACAUUGUACCAAGUUAAAGAACUUCUCUUUGUCUUAUUUUCCUGUUGAAGUCAAACCUAAUACUUUGUGUAUCUGCUUCACAGUAAUCUCUGUAAACAGAUUCUAUACAGGCUGUGGGUAAGAGAUGAGAUUCUUCUGGUUUCCGUUUCUAGUUUGACCUAUCCGGUUUGAGCAGGCUUUGAUCACCCGCAAGUAAAAGGUCGGCAUGGAGAGAAAAAGAGGCGGGACCGCAUAUACCAACAUGAAUCAGCUUUUUAAGUUACCUGCCUUCAUAUGCAGGUAUUGAGCCAAAAUGCCGUCAACUUCAAACACCUACAAAAAGUAUCUCUGUAUGUGUUUUGUGCGGAGAACCGUUCCACCCGUGUUUAACUGUAAACAAUGUUUUGGCAAAUGGAAGAUUAAAAGUCUUGCCCCUGGAUUUCUGCUGUUUAAACAAGAAGCCUUGAAAUCUUGCAUCUUGCCCCCAGAGGCGGAUUCAUCGCCAGACGAGAGCCGAUGGACUCGACCUUAUUUCCAACAGUAUCUUUAAACUGUGAAGCAUCUACAUGGUGUGGUCAUUAAAAACCACAUGAGCCUGAUUAGCCAACACUCAUCAUUUGAAACUAUGAGCUUAUUAAAGUGGAGUGGUGAUGGGUUCAGUGGGACUGAACUGUAGGACCGGGGAAAAUCACUUCUAUUAUCAUUGUGCUGAAUCAACAGCCUGAGUCGGUGCAGAAACAACUGUUGGUGCCUUUCCAUGUGAGCUGUUUGUGGUAAUAAGUGAUAACAAGGUUUAUUAACACAAGCUUGCUCCUUUUUGCUCCUGUUUCAGGAGAGAGUGUGAAAAGAAGAAAACACUAGUUUAUCGCCUCGUUAACUGAUUCAUGUCUUAAAUCCUGGUGCUGGUACAUGUACAGUAAUUAAAGCUAUUUUGGUAAUUCUCUGUGUUUACAUGAUUGUCUUACGAGUCAACUACAAAAUGUGCUUCUGUAGUUUUUGUUUUGACACUUGGUAUGUAAUUUAGUUCUUGAUUUCAUUUUCCAUCUGUGUUUACGUCAACGCUCUUCAGGCCAAAGAAGAGCGAACAGCUAAAAACAGUGGUAGAAACUAGUCGAAGGUGUCCGUGUGUUUAACUUGCCUCUCAGAUCGUGUGUGUUUGUGUGUUGCGCUCAAAAUGUUUACUAAUAUGGAAUGAUUCAUGGAUUCUGCCUGACGACCAUUAAUCACUGGAAUGGUUGUUCUCAUGAGUAGCUCAGGUUAAUAACAAGAUUUAUAUGGGAAAUGUGAAACCUACUGAUAAACACUAUCACCGCUGGUUCUCUGCACCACAGGUUUCUCCUCCCGCAAUUUACUUUCUCCUCUUCCCUCAGUGUGACGGUGAUGAAAAAAACGAGGCGAAGUGCAAACAAAAUUAUUAAUUUCUCUUCCCUGAGCUUUUUAAAUAGGGUUUUUCGAAAAUGUUGCAUCCUUGUUAUUUCUGCCGUGGAACAGUUUGACCAAUUUAAAAGACGUCAAAACUGAUCAGUGGCUCGUUGACCAGCUCAACAUUAUGAACUUAAUGUUAAUUUAGGGAUUGAUUCUGUCCGAAGCCAUUCAUGUGUUAAUAAAUGCCUUUUUAACUGCCAA